AUGUUAUAAUCUCUAACAAGAUUAAAAUUGUAGCUUAGAGCAGAAAUUGAAAUACUUAAAAUGUGUUUGGACAAAGGAAAGUCAACAACAAUUGUAUAAAUGAUUGAUAAGAAUAAAUAAAGAUUAGAAUAAGAUGGAAAAUAAUUGGAAAUAAUUAUUAGAAGAUUAGAGGAAGGUAAUUAGUUAUCUUUGAAUGAAUAAGAUAAAUUGGAUACUUUAAAAUUAAAUAUUAGUAAGGUAUUGAUUCAAAAUGAAAAAAUAUAUAAUUCAGAUGAAUAAUUCAAAGAAUUAAUUUCAAAAGUGCCUAGAAUUAAAGAUGAUUAAAGUUAGAAUCAGUCAUUCUAAUAAAGUAAAAAGGAAGAUUCAUCUAUUUAGUUGAAAUCUGCCAUUAAGACAAUUUAAUAAACAAAUUAAAUAUAAUAACAACCAUAGGAAGUUUAUUAAUAAUAUUAAAUAGUUAGAAAUAAUGUAGAUAAUAUGAUUUCUGAAAUUUCUAAUUUAAAUUUACGAGUUGAUAAUCAUAAGCAUAAUGAUUUACAAUAGUAAAUUGAUAAAUUGAAAUUAGAAAAUGCUAAGAUGCAAGCAAAUUUCAAAUUAUUGAAAUAAGAUAAUACUGAAUUAUUCUUUGUUAAUAAUGAUAUAAAGAAAAUGAUAUAAUAAAUUGAGAUGGAUAAUGAAGAGAUCAUUAAAUCAAUAAAUAUCUUUAGAGAAUAGAAUAGACCUAUGAGCAAUCCUUAAUCAAGAUUGUCUAAUUAUUAUAUUCCUUAUGAUGAAACUAAAGCAUAAGAAGCUGAUGAAAUAAUGAAUAGAUUAAAGUAGAAUUGA